AUUUAUAAUUAUAAUUAUUUGUUUCUGUUGGUUUGUCACUUAUUUGGACCUUCUUCUUGCUGUUUCUUAAUAAGUGUAAUGUCUCCUCAUUGGCUCCCACAAAAAAUUCAAUCUUUUUCUUCACCCGUUUCUUGAAAAUUCUUGAUGUGGGCUUUACUGCCCUGUUUUGAGCUGAUUUUCAUUUUUUUGGGGGGAUGACUUAUUCUCACCUAAUAGUUGACUUUCAGAUGGGCUACCUGAAAAAAGCAAUCUUGAUCUAAGAUUCUUGUCUUGAGAGAGUGGGGAUUGAAGAAAAUAGGAGUGGUGUUAUGUUGGGGUCUGGGAUGAAUCUGAUCACCACAAUUAUUGGGUUUGGAAUGAGUGCAACUUUCAUUGUUUUUGUGUGCACUCGGCUGAUUUGUGGGCGGCUCCGCCGCUUGGAGGCCCAGCAAAUGUUGGAUAUUGAUUCAAGAAUCGAUCUUGAGCUGCCAGAGCAUCGGAUUAAUGGCCUCGAACCAGUAAUGGUUGCAGCAAUCCCGACAAUGAAGUUCAAUCGCGAAGCAUUCAGCUCGAUGGAGAAUACACAAUGCAGCAUUUGUUUGUCUGAGUAUCAAGAGAAAGAGGUGUUGAGAAUUAUGCCAAAAUGUGGGCAUAGUUUCCAUCUAUGCUGCAUUGAUGUUUGGCUAAGGAAGCAGUCCACCUGCCCCGUGUGCCGUCUCUCAGUGCAGGAGUCGAUGGAGGCGCCUCCUCCGACCACGCCACAGUCCUCGGAGAUCUCAGCCGAGUAUUCGCAGCAGUGGCUGCUCCCCUAUGCAGCAACCUCUAGAUCAACAUAGAAACUACUUUGCUUCACUACCUUCUUUUUUUUGGUUUCCCCUUUUUGAUUCUGAAAAAUUUGAAUUUACAGAAUGUAGAAGGGAUUGAUUGUAGAUAUGUUACAUGAUGGUGAGAUUCAUUGAUUUAUGGAAAUAUGUUAAUAUUACAUUA